AUAAGUACUGUUCCGCUUUAUUCAUCAUCAAGUCCUUCAAAUAACUUAAGUUCCACGACUGGUUCUUCCAGAGCUGAUGCACCUUCCAACAAACCCUAUGCCACUGUGGGACCGAUGGCAAAAUCUAAUGUAACAAGUGGCAGCCAAUAUACAGCAGCUAGUAAUGAAAAGAAAGCCUUUAAUUUGCCAGCAAAGCCCUCCAACACUACAGCUCCUCAACCUCAACCAGCCACCAAUAAUCCUUCUGCAUCAGUUAGGAAAGUGACGGUGGACAAAACGCCAGAAAUUUGUCUCUCUAAUAUUUGGAAGUACUGCAAGUUUGGAGGCAGGUGCAACGAUAUGCACUACUACCUACCGUACCGCUGGCAGGAGUUCAAGGGAACAGAUUGGGCUGACCUGCCCAAUAUAGAGGAUAUAGAGAUGGCGUACAGUAAUCCAAUGAAUAUUAGGUACCAGUCUAUUAAUUUCCAAACUAUGACACUGGGCACCAGCCGCGUCCGUAGACUCACCACCCCAUCAUCUGUCACCCAGCCCAGUGAAUAUGUACUAACAACUGAAUGGGUUUGGUUCUGGAAGGACGAGUUUGGCACCUGGAUUAAGUAUGGUGAAUCGAACACAAAGAAAGUGAGUUCCUCCAUUUACUCAUCAGACCUGGAGAACAUCUACCUCUCUGACCCCACCGGGAGCACUCAUUUCAGUGCUGGAGGCCAGAACUACAUCAUCAACUUCAAGGAAAUGAGGCAGAGGAACAAUCAUUAUCAGACAGAGAAGGAGGUGUGCCGCAGACCCAAAUUCCUGGAUUUUCAGAAAGUGAAGAUGUUGAAAGGAAGCACUAAAUCUGCUGCAGACAGUUCAGCGCGGAAGUCGUUGGACUCCCUUCUCAAGGGAGUAAAUUACCCAUCACUGUGGGACACGAAGGCCGUGCCGGAGACUGGGUAUCAGCGCUGUUCUAUUGUAAGCUGUAUGGAAACCGCACUGAUCAGCACAGCAAAAAUAGUCCAGGGAGCAGUUCGGGCGGGGGCGGCUUUUCGGAUCGCACUGAGCCACGCGGUCGCAUGA